GACACGGGAAUAAUGCCUCUGUCACCUUCUCAUAUCGUGAACGACGCCGACCCGAACGUCUCCGAGCAGCAGACAUUUCUCGUGGUGGUCGCCAUUGACUUUGGGACCACGUCCAGUGGCUACGCCUACAGCUUCACCAAGGAGCCAGAAUGCAUCCACGUGAUGAGGCGAUGGGAAGGAGGCGAUCCUGGUGUGUCCAAUCAGAAGACUCCGACCACCAUUUUGUUGACUCCUGAGAGGAAAUUCCACAGCUUCGGCUAUGCUGCUAGGGACUUCUACCACGACCUGGAUCCCAAUGAGGCCAAGCAGUGGCUGUACCUGGAGAAGUUCAAGAUGAAGCUGCACACCACUGGGGACCUCACCACAGAGACAGACCUGACGGCAGCAAACGGCAAGAAAGUCCAAGCCCUUGAAAUCUUCGCUUACGCCCUGCAGUACUUUAAGGAGCAGGCGCUGAAGGAGCUGAGCGACCAGGCAGGUUCAGACUUCGAGAACUCUGACGUCAGAUGGGUCAUCACUGUGCCGGCCAUCUGGAAACAGCCUGCCAAGCAGUUCAUGAGACAGGCUGCUUACCAGGCGGGCCUGGCCUCCCCUGAGAACUCGGAGCAGCUCAUCAUUGCCCUGGAGCCCGAGGCGGCCUCCAUCUACUGCCGGAAGCUGCGGCUGCACCAGAUGAUGGAGCUGAGCAGCAAGGCUGCGGUCAAUGGGUACAGCGCCAGUGACACAGUAGGAGCUGGGUUUGCACAGGCUAAGGAACACAUCCGGCGUAACCGGCAGAGUCGGACCUUUUUGGUGGAGAAUGUCAUAGGAGAAAUCUGGUCCGAGCUGGAGGAAGGUGAUAAGUACGUGGUUGUGGACAGUGGAGGUGGCACUGUGGACCUGACAGUCCAUCAGAUACGGUUACCAGAGGGACACCUUAAGGAACUGUAUAAAGCAACAGGUGGACCCUAUGGAUCUUUAGGAGUAGAUCUUGAAUUUGAAAAACUUCUGUGUAAAAUAUUUGGAGAGGAUUUUAUCGAACAAUUCAAAAUCAAGCGUCCUGCGGCCUGGGUCGACUUAAUGAUUGCGUUUGAGUCUCGCAAGAGGGCAGCUGCCCCGGACCGAACCAACCCACUGAACAUCACCCUGCCCUUUUCCUUCAUUGACUACUACAAGAAGUUCCGUGGGCACAGCGUGGAGCACGCCUUGAGGAAGAGCAAUGUGGACUUUGUGAAGUGGUCCUCGCAGGGGAUGCUGAGGAUGAGUCCAGAUGCCAUGAACGCCCUCUUCAAGCCCACCAUCGACAGCAUCAUUGAGCAUCUCCGGGACCUGUUUCAGAAGCCCGAGGUGUCCACCGUCAAGUUCCUCUUCCUGGUGGGCGGCUUUGCGGAGGCGCCCCUCCUGCAGCAGGCGGUACAGACUGCCUUUGGCGACAAGUGCCGGAUCAUCAUCCCCCAGGAUGUGGGUCUCACCAUCCUCAAGGGCGCCGUCCUCUUCGGCCUGGACCCGGCUGUCAUCAAGGUGCGCCGGUCCCCGCUCACCUACGGGGUGGGCGUGCUGAACCGCUAUGUGGAGGGCAAGCACCCGCCCGACAAGCUGCUGGUGAAGGACGGCACCCGCUGGUGCACGGAUGUCUUUGACAAGUUCAUCUCCGCCGACCAGUCCGUGGCCCUGGGCGAGCUGGUCAAGCGGAGCUAUACCCCGGCCAAGCCGUCCCAGCUGGUCAUUGUCAUCAACAUCUACAGCUCUGAGCUGGAUAACGUCAGCUUUAUCACCGACCCUGGGGUGAAGAAGUGCGGCACGCUCCGCCUGGAUCUCAGUGGCACCAGUGGCACAGCCGUGCCCGCCAGGAGGGAGAUUCAGACCCUCAUGCAGUUUGGGGACACCGAGAUCAAGGCCACGGCCAUUGAUAUAGCCACCUCCAAGAGUGUCAAAGUUGGGAUUGACUUCCUAAAUUACUAACUGGCCCUGCCUGCCUCUUGCUCACCUGAACUCAGCUCACCGGCGCCUGCAGACCUCAGUCCUGACUGUUCUUUCCCUGACCUUGACCCUUGACAUGACCCACCUGAAUUCAGCAGCCAAGAUGAGAACAACCAGGGCAAGAAGUAACUAGGAAUUUUUGAAGGCACACUGGAGUGGGAAAAAGAGUCACACUGAGAUAGAGGUUUGGGAGUAGGGAGCUCCUGGGCCCUGGGAGAGCCGCUCAUUUUCACAGGGCCACGCGUGGGGAGACUGCCACCAACGACGGAAUCAGUAUGUUUCUGCAGCUGUGGUGGAGCCUGCUUUGAACAGAUCUCGGUGCAGGAGAAUUCAGGAAGCCCUACUGCUCUCUUGCUGGAUUUGAAUGAGAUCUUUGAGCCAAGAGGAGGUUCUUUCUCUCUCUGAGACUUUUCUUUUUACAAGUUUUUAGAUGGCAGCCCAUAUCUGAGGCCACCCACCUGCACUUCAUUUCUUUCCAUCAUCAUGUGAUUAAAAGUGGUGAUUCAUCGAGAAGUUGGAGUGUUUUUAGCUGGUGGGAGAAGGCUGCCUACACUGGGCACUAUUUUGGUUUCUCAUAUCAUUUAAAUUCCAAAUAGGUUCAGAGAGGAAGAACCGUAGACCGUGGCCUUGGCUAAUCCACUAGGGUUCUUGUGAGUAGGAGAGCUGGUACCCUCAACUUUUUAGCUUCAAUGGAAGUAGAUAUUAUUAAGAGCUGCUGACAUUCCCCAAAUUAUACCUAUGCUGUGAUAUAAUUCCCUGAAUGCAGAUCCUUAUUGCUGAAUCCAUAAUUAAUUCUAGUUAAUCUUGGUAGGAAUUCUAGGUGAGAAGAUGGAAUUGCAAUUUGCCAAAUUCACAUCACCAAGCCCAAGAGUCUGGAAUGGUCCCUUGCUUUGAAGGCAUACAUUUCUUAAACUAACUCCCUCCUCCUGCUCACCCUCACUCCCCGAAGAGUUGCGGCCAAUAGUUCCCACAUUUUGAAAGGGAUACGCUGGUGAAACGUGAGGGUGUUUCUAUGUUUCAUUCAAAUCUCCAGUUUUUACAGUCUGUCCAAAAAGAAAUUGUAGAUCUAUACUUGAUGAAUUAAGCCAGCUUUUUUUUUUUUCUUUUCCUAAAGCAGGUCAGAAUUGCAUCAGAGUUCCCUGGGUACUUGUUAAAAACAGAUUCCUGGAUGCCAACCAUGUGACUAACUGAAGCAGAAUCUUGGAGGGGGGACCCCGAAUCUGCAUUUUUUAGUACACACCACAGCUGACUGUGGUUCACCUGAAAACUAGGAAUCACUACAUUUAGUUAUGGUCGAAAACU